AUGAACCUCUUACCGCCCGAUCCUUUAGCUUUCACAGGACCAUUUCCCCUCGCCGAUCUAGCGCCACAAUAUAUGACGCGAGAACAAAUCGAGUCGGUGGUUGCGCACGCUCCGAAGCUCUUUCAGACCGGCGGAGAUUUGCCUAACGAUGGAGAUAUUCCUGCAAAGGCUGUUGCUCGCGUUUCAAACGGUGCUGUCGUCAAAUACGGUACCCGGAUUUCCCUGGGUGACCGUCAAGCUAACGAGUCUGUGUAUAUUGUCAUGCAAUACGUACCUGGAAAAACCCUAGCUCACACAAUCGAGGAUCUGGACGAAGAGCAAAUCCGGGAUCUCGCCAACCAGCUAAUACGCAUACUUACCACACUCCACACAGUUCAUCACACAGUACCGGGCCCAGUGGGUGGCGGUCGUGUAAUGGCACCACGACUCUUCACAACCAGUGGUGUAGGCCCGUUUUACUCUCUUCAAGAUCUCAUCGAUUGGUUCAAUAAGUGUUUGAAGAUAUGUCACUCUUUUGGCAGGUUCUUCGGGUAUAUCUACUUAAAAAGCUAUGCGGAAUUCAUGCCGAUAGGCAUGAAGAGCGCAGCAGGUAUGAAAUUCCUUCAAGCCGUGGUUGAUGCAAUAGAGACGUUAGAGACCCGGAGGAUGAAUGCCAAGUUCAACGCAAUUGGUUAUGUAUGCUCUCAGAAAAUGACUUGCACGAUAUGA